CAUAGUAUGAGUGAAUACUCAUUGAAAAGUAAAUUCAGCGAACAAUACAUUUGUUCAGACUAAAGUUUAGACUCCUUUUAACAUGUCUACACCUAAAGUAUUAAUUUUAGCAUUGUUAUAUUUUGCAGCAAACACAGUCUGCGCCGAUCCGGACCUAUCUGGUUGUGAGGUAGCCGUAAAGAUAGAACAGGGGCACGUGUGUGGAAGGAGGAGGAGGGCCACCAAUGGGGAGGACUACGCUAGCUUCAGAGGGAUCCCCUACGCCAAGCAGCCUCUUGGGGAACUACGGUUCAAGGAGCUGCAACCGGCCGAGCAUUUUACUGGUGUCUUCAAUGCAACAGAAUCUGGACCAAUCUGCCCACAGUUGGACAUGUUCUACGCGCCUAUAGGCCUUGUUCCCGAUCCAUCCGAGUUCGCUGGAGAAGACUGCAUCAGGAUCAACGUGCAUGUGCCAUAUAAGUUCCUUCCAGACCGUUUGGGAGUCACCAAGCGUCUUCUCCCAGUUCUUUUAUGGAUACACGGAGGAUCUUUCUCUUAUGGUUCAGGAAACGCGGAGUUAUAUGGACCUGAAUACCUCAUGACCAAGGAGGUUAUACUGGUCACAUUCAAUUACAGAAUUCACGCUUUGGGAUUCCUCAGCAUGGAUGACGAGUACAUCCCUGGCAAUAACGGGCUAAGGGAUUGUAUUACCGCCAUGAAGUGGGUGCAGAGGAAUAUUAAGUUCUUCGGAGGUGACCCUGGAAGAGUGACGUUGGCGGGGCAGAGCGCCGGCGGGGUGUUGGCUCAUUUGCUCUCCAUCUCGCCAGCUACUAAAGGAUUAUUUCACCAGGUAAUAGGACUAAGUGGAAAUUCUCUCACUUCCUUCUACACGUACUCUCCGAUCUUAGCGAAAAUACUCAAUGUAAUAUUCUUCAUUGCUGUUGGAAUCAACCCCUUUGGACACCCGAAGAAUAUCCACGACGAACUCGUAGCGACUCCUAUGGAAACACUCCUGAAGGGGAACAAAGUGAUAUUAGAUCUUACUGGUCUAGUGUCCUUUGCCCCUGUCAUUGAGACGAAGCAACCUGGCUUCACGACUGUUAUACCGAAAGACCCUGAAGAACUCCUGAACGAAGGCGCUGGUAAGGAAUACCCGAUGGUUAUAGGGUUCACAAGCAAUGAGGGAAUGAGUUUGAGGAGGAGGUUGCAAGAGGUGCGAAUGGAAACGACGUUACGCCUGGCUCCUGCGUUGGCAUUGCCACAGAAUUUGAUAUUCCCAAAAUAUACUUUCUUGGUGCCGGUGCUGACGAUCAAGCAUUUGGCAGAAUACUUCAGCGUGAUAUGGAUAACUAUGGACAAUUUCGUGGUGUCAGCGACCGAGUCUUAUUAUAUGUAUCCAGCUCAAAGGCUGACGCAGAAAAGACUUAGAACGGGGGCUGCUGAUACAUUUUUAUACCAGUUCGCGUAUCCAGGUGAAAACAGCCCAAUUAAGAUUGGGUUGAAUACGACGUUCCCAGGAGCAUCUCAUGGGGAGGAUAUGGCGUAUUUCUUCAGAUUCAACCACUUCCUUGGUCCUCAGACUGAGGAUGACGAGUUGGCGCCGACUACUGACGAUAAUGGGAUGAAAGCCUGGAUGACUAACUUCAUAUCUAACUUCGUAAAAUCCGGAUCACCAACAGAAAACAUAGAUGACUGGCCUCCCAGCCAGGAAGACCUGAAGUUCCAAAACAUAGAGAAGCCCUUCGUGUACGAUUACAUUCCUCCCACUCCAUACAUGGAAAAAAGAUUGGAAUACUUUACUGCAUUGUAUAAGCUAGGCUUUUGGGAAUAAACAUUAUUAUAUGUAUAGUUAGUAUGUAGAUAGGAUAAUAUUACACUUAUUGUUGAUGGCCCUUAUCUGUAAAAUUUGCAUUUUGUAUGGAGAAUUUAACGAAAAUGUUUACUAACAACUAAAUACUAACAUUUUUGCAAAACUAGCAAGAAGCCCGAAGUCUGUAAAAAAACGCGAAUCCAGCACGCGGCCAUAUUAUCAAGUGGUCUCAUAAGGUCAAUAUUAUGAGUGGACUACUUAG